AACUGCCUGCCGUGUGGCUUUCUGGGUAAUGAAGUUUUUCUCUGUUGGACAGUCAUGAAGCUAACGUCACUUAGCUUGUGUGGCUUCGAACUCUCGCAGUAGCUCAGCAGAUAUCUAAUCAAGCAAAAUGAUGAAUGGAAAGACAGUAAUAGUGACUGGUGCCAACAGCGGGAUAGGGAAAGCCACAGCAGCGGGCAUUGUGAAGCUCCAUGGCCGCGUGAUAAUGGCCUGCCGGGACACGAGCAGGGCUGAGGACGCAGCUCGAGAGAUUCGACAGGAGACCGGUGCUGACAGUGCACAGCUCGUCGUCAAACAGCUGGACCUCGCCUCGCUCACCUCUAUACACACUUUCUGUCAAUGCAUAUUAAAGGAGGAGCCUCGGUUAGAUGUGCUGGUCAACAACGCCGGCAUCUAUCAGUGUCCUUACGCCAAAACAGAGGAUGGCUUUGAGAUGCAGUUUGGGGUCAACCACCUGGGCCAUUUCCUGCUCACCCACCUGCUGCUCAACCUGCUGAAACAGUCAGCUCCCAGUCGCAUAGUGGUGGUCUCAUCCAAACUCUAUAAGCGCGGUCACAUUAACUUCGAGGACUUGAACAGUGAGCAGAGCUACGACAAAGCCUUCGCAUACAGUCGCAGCAAACUGGCCAACCUGCUGUUCACCUGUGAGCUGGCCCGUCGGCUGGAGGGCAGCGGAGUCACGGUGAAUGCUCUGACUCCAGGCAUAGUAAGGACUAAUCUGGGGAGGCAUGUUCACGUCCCAGUGCUAGCUAAGCCCCUGUUUAACCUGAUCUCCUGGGGCUUGUUUAAGAGCCCCGAGGAAGGAGCUCAGACUUCAGUCUAUUUGGCCUGCAGCCCAGAUGUAGAUGGUGUGCAGGGCAAGUGCUUUGCAGGCUGUCAACCUCAGAUUGUGCUGGACAAGGCCACAGACCAGGACGUUGCCCGUAAACUGUGGGACAUUAGUGAAGUCAUGGUGGGCAUAACCACAUGAGGUCUAAAAUCAGUUCAAGCGUACUCAUCCAAAACAGAUUUAACAUUACUGGGACAAGUGAAUUAUCUGUAACACUGAAAAUCUCUUAAUAAUCAGUGCCUUGCCCUUUACAAUGCAAAGUGUUGACAGUUCUGAAGUUGUUGGGUUUUUUUUUUUUUUUGUUUUCAGCUGCAUGUUUUAUCGUCAGUCCAGUGCUUCACAGAACAGUAAGAUUUACAGCACUGAGUGGUUUUCUGAAGUCACUGCUUGCUGAAGUGGUUUCUAUGGAGAACGCAGUCAAAUUGUGGCCGCAGGUCACAGCACGGAGCCAACAAAAAUCUGGGAUCAUCUUCAUCUUUUCUUGUGCGAUCAUCAGUUGAGCAUCUGCUUUCAGUCACAGCUGCCAUCAUUAUAUUUUCAAAUUGUAAAGUUGACUGUCAGAGGGCUGGGUAUUGUAUCUUUUUUUGUUUUUGUUUUUUUUAAUCACUUUUCUUCCAGGAAUAUAAACAUGUUUUUCU